AUGUCUACCACGACAGGAGCCUUCAUUGCUGGAGGCAUUGCAGCCUGCGGAGCCGUCACCGUUACCCACAGUUUCGAGACCGUUAAAAUCCGCCUACAAUUGCAAGGAGAGCUGCAGGCAAAGGACGCAGCUGUCAAAAAGUACACGGGUGUCUUCCACGCGAUCAAAGUCAUCCUGAAAAAUGAGGGUCCACGUGGAUUGUUCCAGGGCAUUGGCUCUGCUUACGUCUAUCAAAUUCUCAUGAACGGCUGCCGUCUUGGAUUCUACGAACCCAUUCGUGGGGGUUUGGCUUCCGCCGUUUAUAAAGAUGCCCACGUCCAGAGCCUGGGUAUUAACGUCUUUUCUGGUGCGGUCUCCGGCAUGAUGGGAGCUGCACUUGGGUCUCCAUUCUUCCUCGUCAAGACUCGCCUUCAGUCACACUCCCCUUUCCUACCUGUCGGGACCCAGCAUAACUAUAAAAAUUCAGUGGACGGUCUGCGAAAGAUCCACCAGAGUGAGGGUAUCAAGGGACUUUACCGUGGAGUGGGAGCAGCUAUGGUACGGACCGGGUUUGGUAGCUCCGUCCAGCUGCCCACCUACUUCCUGGCCAAGCGCCGCUUGAUGCGCCACUUGGGAAUGGAGGACGGCCCUGCCUUGCACUUUGCCAGCAGUACUGCGUCUGGAUUUGUUGUGUGUUGCGUCAUGCAUCCUCCUGACACUAUCAUGUCCCGCCUGUACAACCAGAGCGGUAAUCUCUACAAGGGAGUGUUUGACUGCCUGUAUAAGACUAUUAAGACCGAAGGUGUCUUCGCUAUUUACAAGGGCUUCUCCGCGCAUCUGGCGCGUAUCUUGCCUCAUACUAUCCUGACCCUCAGUCUGGCAGAGCAGACCAACAAGCUUAUGCGCCGGUUUGAAGAUCGCUGGCUGCCCGAAUCUAUCCGUGCGAAGAUCUGAAUGAUUCUUCUUUGACGAGAAAAGUGUGCCAU